ACCACCACCAACAACAACAACAAUCAGUGUUUUUCAAAUAUUAUUUGUGUGUGUGUGUGCUGUCUAUGUGUGUACUACUUAUCAAGAAUUUGAAUCUUUUUGUUUUGUUUUUGGUCAUUUAAAAACAAAUCAUCAUCUCAUCAUUUAACUCUGAAUUUAAAAACAACAACAGAUCCAAUGUUACUGCCUUCGGUCAUCAUUGCCGAUACAGGCGAAGAGAUCAAAGGUCAUGAUCCAUCAAAUAGCCAUCAUCAUCUUCAUCAUCAUCAUCUUCAUCAUCCACACCACCAUCAUAGGCAUCAUCAUCAACCACCACCAUUAUCACAACAUCAUUAUAAUAAUAGCCAUACAAACGUUACUGCAAUCCAAAAUCAAAUUCAAGCAACAACAACUACGACAAAUACGGGCGAUACAGCCGGUGGUUGCGGGAUGUAUGGCCGUAUUGUGACCCAAGAUCAAUUGAUGGCCUUAGCAGCUGUCCAACAACAACAGACUAGUUCAUCAACAUCAUUAUCUUCAACAUCCUCUUCCGUUUCGUUAUCGCAACAGCUACCACCACCACCACCACUAUCGGUACAGCAAUCAUCGUUUAUGCCAUUAGCAUCAUCAUCAACGACAAACACCGCUAUGGUAUCAUCGAAUAUUCAUGCAGGUGGCACUGGUAAUGGUGCAUCAGUUGCCAUAUUAGCAGCUGCAUCCGAUUCUUCUACAUUACCACAUCCAAUACAUCUAGGACAUCAUCAUCAUCAUGGUUCAUCAUCAAUUAUUGCACAGCCAUCAUUGCAAUCAUCAUCACAAGAUAAUCUGGUCAUUAUGUCAUCAUCAUCAUCAUCAUUAUCAUCAGCAACACACCUACCAACUGGUAAUUCAGCAUUAAUUCUCGGUCAAAGUUGUAGUAAUUGGACUAGUAGUGCUGGUGCUGGUGCUGGUGGUGGUACAAAUUCAAUUUUAUUACAAUCAACCAAUGAUAAUAACAAUGAUAAUCUUGAUUUGAUAAGAACAGGCAACACAAUUGUGGCUAAAUCGAAUUCAUUGAUGACAAUGUCGACAACUACAUCGACCACAAUGACAACAACAACGGCAGCAGCCAUCAUCACUUCAUCAACGGUGGCUAACACUACUUCUACUUGUGUUUCCGGUACUAAUACUACUACUACUACUACCACUAAUACAAAUACUACAUCCACAUCAUCAUCAACAACAAUAAAAUAUCGGGAUGCAACACAGGCACCAAUACGUAAAUUAUCGGUUGAUCUCAUCAAAACUUACAAACAUAUUAAUGAGGUAUAUUAUGCAAAAAAGAAACGUCGAGCUCAACAAGCUCAAACAGAAGGUCAUAGUGGUAGUGAUUGGUCAUCGAAUGGUAAUAAUGGAACUGGUGUUGGCGGUAAUAAUCAAACGACUACGAAUACUGGUGGUCACCAUCAUCAUCAUCAUGGUAGCCAUCAUCAGCAACAACAACUUAAUAAAAAAGAACGAAGAUUGUACAAUGAUGGCUAUGAUGAUGAAUUUAAUGAUUACAUUAUUCGACCGGGAGAGAAAUUUGUUGAUCGAUAUGAAAUCGAAUCAUUGAUUGGGAAAGGAUCAUUUGGUCAGGUGGUCAAAGCUUAUGAUCAUUCAUCACAAUGUCAUGUAGGCAUUAAAAUCAUUAAAAAUCGAAAGCCAUUCCUGAAUCAAGCUGCAACAGAAAUUAAGCUUUUAAAAUUAAUGAACAAUUAUGAAUGUAAUGGAACAUCAUUACAAUUGGGAAAGGAAAAAAUCGUAAAACUAAAGGAUUAUUUUAUGUGGCGUAAUCACCUAUGUCUAGUCUUUGAAUUACUAUCAUAUAACCUUUAUGAUCUUUUACGGAAUACAAAUUUUCGUGGCGUUUCAUUGAAUCUAACGAGGAAAUUUGCCCAUCAAAUGUGUACGGCAUUAAUGUUUUUAUCAGAUCAACAUAUGUCCAUCAUACAUUGUGACCUUAAACCGGAAAACAUAUUGCUAUGCAGCCCGAAAAGAAGUGCCAUCAAGAUUAUUGAUUUCGGCAGUUCUUGUCAGCUCGGUAGACGAUUAUAUCAAUACAUUCAAAGCCGUUUUUAUCGAUCGCCCGAAGUAUUACUUGGAAUACCAUAUGAUAUGGCCAUUGAUAUGUGGUCAUUGAGUUGUAUAUUGGUCGAAAUGCAUACUGGUGAACCAUUGUUUCCAGGUUCGAAUGAAACCGAUCAGAUGAACAAGAUCGUUGAAGUGUUAGGCUUACCACCUAAACACAUGCUUAUGCAAGGAAAUCGUACAUUCAAAUACUUUGAUCGAUUACCUGAUGGUUCAACUGUUUUGAAACCUGUUGAUGGAAUGAAGUACAAACUACCUGGUAGCCGUAAAUUAUCCGACAUUUUGGGAGUUGAAACAGGUGGUCCUGGUGGUCGUCGGCUUGGUGAACCUGGUCAUUCAAUGGCCGAUUAUCUUAAAUUCAAAGAUCUAAUCAUGCGAAUGUUAGAUUAUGACCCUAAAACACGAAUUACGCCACGGCAAGCAUUACAACAUUCAUUUUUUCGUCGUACAACCGAUGGUAGUACUAAUACGACAAGUAACGAUAUGACUGCAUCGAUACCAUCAUCAGCUACACGAUCUACAUCCAUAUCGAAUGAUUCGAAUUCACUUCAUUUGACAUCGACAUUUGGAACUAGUACUAUUAUUGGUCUGAUGGAUUCAUCCACGCAACCACCACCUAUGUUGGAUACAUCUGGCUCAUCAUCAUCGUCCAUGUCGUUUCAAAGGCAUCAACUAAUUCAACAACAAAUAGAUUUACUGAGUCAGCAUCAUCAUAAUCGUCGCCAUCAUCAUGUUGAUCAUCCAUACUCAUUAUCAUCUGCUACAAAUACGAAUACAACAUCAACAUUACCCACCAAUGUCACUGAUAAGACAAAUCAUGAUCCGAAUAUUAUUCUGGAACAUUCAAAAACACUGCCACAACAUUCAUCAUCAAUGAUUGUUCCAUGUACAAAUUCUACGACUGGUGGUACUCUAUUCAAAAUGGAUAUUACGAAUAAUACGAAUCAUAAUUCAACGACCAAUACAGAUUUCAUGCCGAUGCUGGUUACGGCGACUAAUUCUUCAACUGCAAGUUCAUCAACAUUUCCACUAUCACCAUCAUCUUCAACAUUUCUUCAACAACAGGCAAACAAACAUCUAAUUUUUCAACAAUCACAACAACAGACACCAUUCAUGAUGAUGACCACAACACCAACAGAUCCUUCGAGUACAUCUUCAACUACGGCCACUUCAUUUAUUGUCCUAAAUCCACAUUCAUCAUCCCAUCACUUAUUACAUCAUCAUACAUCAUCUGAAUCAUCAUCGGAUGGUUCAUCUGGUGCCGGACCUGUUACAACCGAUUUGAUUGCCUGUCUUACAGGUGAUCAAUCGAUAAUUUCUACAUCAACUUCACAACCACAACCACCUAGUGAACAAAUGUUUCAAAUCUUAUGAUGAUUGGUCAUCCGAUCCAUUUUUCACUAUAAUGCGAUUCGGAUGCUGUAUGACACACACAAACACCAAACACAGACAAUUAUAAUAAUAAUAAUAAUAAUAUUACGAUUCAUAUUCGCCCCUAAAUUCAGUGCAAUAUCUUUUCCACACUUUUUUUUCUUUAUGAAAACACCUUGUGCUGGUUCACAGAUUAGAGCAUAAGCCAAACAACAACAACCCUCUUUCCUAACAUGAUGCAACGAGAAAAAAAAUCAAAAUGCCAACCUAGUAUUGUUUGACCUUAUUUUUCUAUUAAAACACCAUCAUACACACACACACUGUUUAGUCUCGAAUUAAACUUUGUCCCAUUCUUUUCCUCCCAACUUAGAAUCUUUUUUUUCAAAUGAUGACCUUAUUUCAUGGCUAAUUUACAUUAUACAUUGUAGGUGAUAAGUAAUUAUGGAAGGGUGGGGGCCAGAACUACUACUAGAAUGAUGAUUAUUAUUCGUGUUCAAGUUCAACUCUCCAACUUCAAUGAAAGCUUAUCCGAUUAAUUGAUCUCAACAAAUUAUUAUUCAUUAUUCAUUUGAAUUGAUUUUUAUCCAUUAUUAUUAUAUAAAUAUUCUUACUUUCGAUACAAUUGUCAAUACCCGAUAUAUAUUCAAAUCAUCAUCAUUAUUAUCAUAUAUCAUAUAUAUGGUUAUAAAAAAUGCACAGAACAUCAAAAUAAUAAAAAACCACGUCUCAUUUUUUUUUAAAUUCAUUCAUCUCAUUUAUACACAUUUUUUACAUACACACACACACACACACACGAACACACCCAUAUUUGAUGGAUUUAUUUAUUAUCUGUGUGUGAACAGGAAAUUACAUUUGAUUUAUAAUAAUAAUUUCGAUGAUGAUGAUGAUGAUGAUGAUGAAACUCAGAUUUCUACAAAGAAAAAUCGGGAAUAAAGUCUUGUAUGAAUUGUUUUAUUACUUACUUCUUUUGUUGGUUUCUGUAUUUCAUUUGUUUUUUUUUCUUGAUUAUCAUUGUUUUCUAACGAAAUCGAAUCUACAUUUUUUAAAGUUCAAAAAAUGAUGUAUUUGAUGAAUUUCAAUGUACAACAAAUUAUGAAAUUGUGAAUUGUAUCGGACAAAACAAGAAUUUUUGAUGUUUAACAACAACAACAAUGAUGUACAAAUAUUUAGUUUUUUUCCAUAUUAAUUCAUUUUAUCUACACACACCCGGUGUAACAUUUAUUCAUUUAUUGAAUAUAUUUCAUCCACUAACCCCUAUCCAUAUACCGAUAUACAAACACAAAAUGGACAUUCGUAAUCAAUCCAUCUGUCUUUAACACAUUUGUCUUUCCUUCUCACUCACACAUCAAAUAAAUAGAUAAACAACCACACCAAUCAUCAUCAAUCAUUAUCAAUUUUAAAUUCGGUACAAAAGAAUUAAAAAUCACUGGACUUUGUAUUUUGAAAUGGAUAUAAAAUUUUUAAUUAAAAAAACAUUUUAAAAUUCAA